AUGCAGAGCAACAACCUCGUCGUCGACUACCAGGACAUCCACCGCGACGGCGUUGCCUUGGUCGGCGGCAAAAACGCCUCGCUGGGCGAGAUGAUUAGCACACUCACCCCACGAGGAAUCCCCGUGCCCCCUGGGUUCGCCGUCACCUCGCACGCGUACUGGGAGUUUGUGCAGAUGAACGGGAUCCGCGAGAACAUCGCGCGGCUGAUCGCCGUUUGGCAGAGCGGACAAGCGACACUGGCAGAGACGGGCGAGACGAUCCGCAAGCACUUCCUGCUGGGGUCGUGGCCCGUUGACAUUGAGGACGCAAUCCGCGGCGGGUACCGCAAACUCGCGAUGAAAGCUGGGGUGGAUAACGUGCGUGUAGCGGUGCGGUCGAGUGCAACGGCCGAGGACCUGCCCGAUGCCAGCUUUGCGGGACAGCUGGACUCGUUUCUGAAUGUCGAGGGGGAGGAGGCGGUGCUGCGUGCGUGCCGGUGGUGCUAUGCGUCGUUGUUCACGGAUCGGGCGAUCAGCUAUCGGCAAGCGAUGGGCUUCGACCAUGAGAAGAUUGCGCUGUCCGUGGGAGUGCAGCGCAUGGUGCGUUCGGACGCCAGCGGAUCGGGGGUGAUGUUCUCGAUCGACACAGAGAGCGGAUUCGACAAGGUGGUCAUCAUCAAUGCCGCAUGGGGGCUUGGCGAGAACGUCGUGCAAGGGACAGUGAAUCCGGAUGAGUAUCAGGUGUUCAAGCCGUUGCUCGAGGACGAGAAGCUGGUCCCCAUCAUUGACAAGAAGUGCGGUGACAAAGCGAUGAAGAUGGUCUUAGCAGGUCCAGUCUCACACCAUCAUCAACCCACCACGCGCAACGUGCCGACUGCGCAGGCCGAGCGCGAUGCGUUUGUUCUGAGUGAUAGCGAUAUCUUGCAGCUGGCGCGCUGGGCGUGCACAAUUGAGCGACACUAUGGCUGUCCUAUGGACAUGGAAUGGGCCAAGGACGGGCUGACCGACGAGCUCUUCAUUGUACAGGCCCGGCCUGAGACCGUUCACUCGCGCAAAGACGCCAUGUUGAAGACCUACAAACUCGGCAAGAAAGGCCACGAGCUGACCAAGGGCCUCUCCAUCGGAACAGCCGCCGUGGCGGGUAGGCUCUGCCUACUUGAAGACGCCAAGGAUAUCGGCCAGUUCGUCGAUGGGUCUAUCCUAGUGACCAAGACGACUGAUCCCGACUGGGUGCCGAUCAUGAAGCGCGCCGCGGCUAUUGUCACCGACCACGGUGGGCGAACCUCGCAUGCAGCGAUUAUCAGCCGCGAGCUUGGCCUUCCUGCAGUGGUGGGCACCGGCAACGCGACCUACGUCCUGCAUACGGGGCUGGACGUGACGAUCUCAUGCGCCGAAGGUGAUGAUGGGUUUGUCUACGAGGGCUGCUCGCCCAUCGAAACGGAGACGAUUGACCUCACCAACCUACCAGAGUCACCAACGCAGGUGAUGCUGAAUCUCGCCAACCCGUCCGCUGCCUAUCGGUGGUGGCGCCUACCUGCCGACGGGAUCGGCCUAGCCCGGAUGGAAUUUGUCGUGACGAACACGAUCCAGGUGCACCCAAUGGCCCUCGUACACUUUGACAAACUGAAGGAUGCAGACGCUCAGCGGCAGAUUGCACGCCUGACAGCUAAAUACACGGACAAGCCCGCCUACUUUGUCGAUAAGCUGGCGCACGGGUUUGCAGCGCUAUGCGCCGCCACGUAUCCGCGGCCGGCUGUCCUACGACUCAGUGACUUUAAGACAAACGAGUACGCCGGCCUGAUUGGGGGCCGUGAGUUUGAGCCGCAGGAGGAGAAUCCUAUGCUGGGCUUCCGUGGCGCAUCGCGCUACUAUUCCCCGCGCUAUAAGGAGGCCUUUAGGCUCGAGUGCCGCGCGAUCAAGUACCUCCGCGAGACAAUCGGAUUUACUAACGCGAUCGUGAUGAUCCCCUUCUGCCGUACAGUCAGUGAGGCACAGCGGGUACUACAGACGAUGGCCGAGAAUGGGCUUGUGCGCGGUGAAAAUAAGCUACAGAUCUACAUGAUGUGUGAGAUCCCGUCAAACGUGAUUCUAGCCGCGGACUUCACAGAGUACUUUGAUGGGUUCUCGAUCGGGUCGAAUGACCUAACGCAGUUGACGCUGGGCGUGGACCGGGACUCGGAGGAAUUGGCAGAUCUGUUUAGCGAGCAGGACAAGGCUGUCGAGUGGAUGAUUGCAGAAGUGAUCUCUGUCUGUCGCAAGAAAGGGUGCAAAGUCGGGAUCUGUGGGCAGGCACCUAGUGACCACCCCGAGUUUGCACAGUUUCUGGCAAGGCUGCAAAUUGAUUCCAUCUCGGUCAGCCCGGAUAGUUUUGUUGCAGUCAAGAGGAACGUCGGUUUGCAAUACGCGAAGAAGCCUGUUUAA